GAUAAAAGAUUUCUCCCGCUAGACUAUACGAUACCUGGUAUACGGGUUUGUGGACCAACUAGCAAAUUUCAAUGAUUUGAACAUCAAUCCGGUUCGGAUAUAGAUUCUGCUCUAUCCGUAUCCACCAAAAUCCGCUGCCACCACCAUUCCUGAAUCAUGCAGGGUUUUAGCUUUAGGGAGAAGAAGAAGAGUUAAUUUUAUGGGUUUUAGUUAGGUCUUGAUGGCUCGGAACUAUUUGAUUCUCUUUCUGAAUCGAAAUUUCUCCAGCAAAAGCCCUCGUUUUCGUUCUCAUUCUCCAAUUUGUAGGCUAUCUUAUUUGUGGGGAAAUGGGAAAUACUUUUCGACGUCUAUUCCAACAGAAAAGGAUGAUUUAAAAAAUCAAUCUGAACCAAAAUCAAGUCUAUCAGCUCGUAUGAGUUUUGUAUUUGAUCAAAUUGAUGCGAUUGAGAAAGAAAGAAACAUUAAGGAUGAAGCUUUACAAAGGAUUCGUUCAUGGAGAGACACCAAGAAAGAUGAAGUUAAAAAUGAAAAUGCAAAGGAAAGACAUACACCUAAAAUGUUUGAUGAAAUGUCUCAGACAAGAGUUAAUAGUUUAGAUGACAAUGAAUUGCUGGGUACGGAGGAGGAGGAGGAGAGGAAAAAGAAGGAGAAAGCGAGUUUGAUUAAGAAAGAGAUUGAAAUAGUUCAUCCAUGGCCAGAAUGGAUUGAAUUAAUGGAAAGAUUAAUACAACAGAAGUACUUUGACCAUAACAGUAAUGGCGAUGAGGAUAAGAUUGCUCAAGAGAACGUGGCGAUUGACGCAGAGGAUGGUUUUGAUUUUACCAGGGAUUUGACAACUGUUCGUUAUGCUUUUGUUAAGUUCGGUCGAGAUCGCUUUGAUAUCUUAAGGUCAUUGUCGAGGCAGGAUAUUCAAAAUCUUGUUGGGUAUGGAUGUCCUAGUGUAGAUACUAAAGUCGUCUUCUCUGCGAAAACAUUGAGGAAACAUGUCCACCUGGAUGAAGGAGAUGUAUGUAGUUCAUGCAGUUUGAGAAGUACCUGCGCUAAAGCAUAUUUGGUACCAAGUAAAGAGGAUGAAGCACGGACCGUCGAUGUUAUACGUGUCUUAUUCACGUAUGGAUUUGAUGCUAUCAAUGAAUCAGUUCACAAUAAACCUCUUCUGAAAAUGAAAUCUGUGAAAACAGUAGUCCGCAAGUUGCUUCAUGAGGUUGUCAAGCUCAGUGCUGUUCCAAUAGAUCCAAAUCUUCCACCGCCUGUAUUCAAGAAGCCACCACCCAAAGUAAAGCAACCGCCGCCUACACCAAAGAAACGAGUAGGACGUGAUGACAUUGAGAUGAAAAAGGGAGACUGGCUUUGUCAAAAGUGUGACUUUAUGAAUUUUGCAAAGAACAGUGUGUGCUUGCAAUGUGAUGCGAAGCGCCCAAAGAGACAGCUGCUCCCAGGAGAGUGGGAAUGUCCAGGGUGCAACUUCCUGAAUUAUAGGCGAAAUAUGGCAUGCUUUCAUUGUGAUCACCAACGGCCACCUGAUGAAUUUACGAAUAACCAAUCACGAACAAGGUCACAUGAUCCCAGGACAAGUUUGGAGAAGGUCUCAAGCUUGCCUGGGGGUUCCAAUGCCUGGAAUUUUGACUUCGAUGACAACGAGUCUGAUGGUGCAGAUGUUGCUGCAUUUGAGUAUGCAGAUUCUCCUAGAAGGAGAGAGGAUUCUUCUUUACUGAGUGAGGAAGGAGGAAGGUUGUCAGAUUUUGAAGAUGAUUCUUCUCGGACCAACAGGAUAUCAAGAGCCAGUGAAAGAGAUAGACACCCAGAUCGUGGUGAAAGGAAGCUUCCUACUGGAUUUGAUGACUUUGCUGAUGAAGAAGAUGAUGAUAUUAAUAGUUAUGAGCUAGUAACAGAAGGUAAUAGCAUUGUGCACAAGGCUUCUUUGAAAGAUCUUUCUGACGUUGAAGGAUACUCCGAGUCUGAAGAUUUUGAUGACUCUCAUCUUCGUUUACGUGCUCAGGGUAGAGGAACAACCCAAUCCCGUUCUCAGGAUCCAGGGCAUGAUUUAGCUUCUGAAGAUGAAGACUCAGAUCGUUCUAACUGGAAUCGCAGUCAUAUAGAGAAGUCAAGAAACGGAUAUAGAGGUGGAGGCAGUAGUGGUCCGUAUAGGGGACUUAAAUUUGUAUCAGACGAUGAAUUUGAAGGGGAUUCCGACUCUGAUAAUGAUAGGAAGCAAGGAUUUGGACCCAACCACAGACAGAGAAGUAAAUGGAGUUCAGAUAAAAGGGGUCUUAAAAGGGUAGGAAGUUCUGAUUCUGAAGAUGAGUUUGAUUUUGGCUCGGAAUCUGAUGAUAAUGACGAACAUCCCAGAAACAAGUUUAGUGGAAAAAAACCAGGCCCUGUUAGGAGAGAAAAUCAUACCAAGGGUCUUGACCAUUCAGAAAAAAAUCAUACACGUUUCAGAUCCAAUAGAAUGAAUGACAGGAGGGAUUCAUUUGGCAAUGCUGAUACCGAUAGAUCAUUUCUUGGUUCUCAUAAGAACAACAGGGGAUCUCGUGGAGAUGGGUAUGGUGAAAGACGAAUGAACGACAGACAUGGAAAUGUGCAGAAGUUCGAUAGGGAUGGUGGAAAUGGUAAUGGAUAUCGGGGAUCUCAGGGAGACGGGUAUGGCGGAAUGAACGACAGACGGGCCAAAGUACAGAAGUUUGAUAGUGGUGGUGGAAACGGGUAUGGUAGAAGACGAAUGAAUGAUAGACAAGGAAAUAUGCAGAAUUUCAAUAGGGGUGAUGGAAAUGGAUAUCAGCAGCGUGGAAGACCUAAGGAGUUCAAUGAUCGGUCAGAGAUUAGGAAUGAUUUUUGCGAUGAUAGACCUAGGAAGCGGAUAAUUGAAAGAUGACGGCGAGCUAAUGAUAAUUGGAACUUUCAGCUAUGUGGCUAGUUUGUAGUACUCAAUUUGAACCAUAAAAUCCCAAUUGUCGAGGCAUUGUCUUGUGGGAUAACCAAAUUGGAAAUUUGGUGAUUGGUGCCACAAUGAAGGCAACCAAAGAUCAAACUGCAUACGCCAGCUAUCAGGUGCAGCUUAUUGGACUGGGGGAUCUUCGGUUUGGAUAUUUUCUUUCUUUCUUUUUUAUGGUCAAAGACUGUUAUUACUAUUACUUUGACUAGGCUGAAGUUUCUUCCGCCCCCAUACUAGUGGGGAUGGAUAUGGAUAUCAGCAGCGUGCAAGACCCAAGGAGUUCAAUGGUCGGUCAGAGAUGAGGAGAUUUUGGUGAAGAUAGACUUAGGAAGCGGAUAAUUGAAAGAUGAUGGUGAGCUAGAGAUAAUUGGAAAUUUAAUCUUUAAUCUAUAUGGCUAAUUUGUAAUACGCAAUUUGAACCAUAAAUUCCAUUUUUAGAGGCUUUGUCUUGAGGGAUAACCAAAUUAGAAAUUUUCUUUCUUUUUCUUGGUCAGAGUCAAAGACUACUAUUACUACUACUUUGACUAGGCUGAAGUUUCUUCUGCUCCCAUACAGUAACUUCCAGGACCGUAGACUCUGAUCAAUUUUCCGCGUUCUUCCCCACACGCAACUUGUUUCUUUCUAUCUGAUCAAAACAAAAAAAAGAACUUCUUUCUUUCUUUAUAAAUCCCAAUUUCUCUGUAGUCAAAUAGCACGAACAAGACCAGACGCAAAACUCCGUACUGAAUUCCAAUAAGUUAUAUAAAUUACUCUUUGGUUUUAUAUCUCUUGAUUCAAAAGGAAGAAAAGAGAUUUAUAAAAAUGAAUUCAAUUUUCAGUUCUUUCGAUGCUGUUUGUUUCGAGUUCUUACAACAAAAGAUUGGUUCUUUAUCAUCUAUAAAGAAGAAUAAUACAGGAGGGGAAACACCAGAUACCCAGCAGGUUCAGAAACAGAAACAAGAAGAGGAAAGGAGGAGAACAAAUACAAGAAGAUUUGCUCUAGAGUUGGAUGGAUUGAACUGCUUUGAAACCGUUGUUUCUAAUUAAAAGAAGAAAAAGAAAACAUUCUUUUCUUCUGGGUCUUACUUAAUUUAUUUGUUGAAACUUGUCAUCCAUAAAUCUUUCAAUAUUGAUGUAAAAAAUAUUUCAGAAAUUUUAGAUUUACUUUUUUCUC